CGCGGGGUAAGUGCUUAUGUAAGCGAAUUAAUUGCGACACGCCGCCGGAAUUCGCCAGACGAUUGCUACAGUGCACGAUGCUUCACCUGCGGCCGUGGAUGCGUGCGGCGCGCCGCGCGUACAGCGUCAAGGCGACGGGCUACACAGCGAUGGGCUCGUUCCAUACGCCAAGCAUCGACGACAUCUUUGAGCAAGGCGCCAUCGAGCUGCCCGUGGCCAUGGACCACACUGGCGCCCCGACUGCGUUUGGUACGCCGAUGCGCCAGCACUUCUUUCUCGACCCAACGUGGACGUUUAUCAACCACGGCGCCUUUGGUGCGUCGCUACGGACAGGUAUGGCGGCCGCGCAGCAGUGGCGGGAGCUCGCGGAGCGCCAGCCGCUCAAGUUUUAUGAUCGGGAGCUCUUCUUCUACCUCGUCCACGCGAUCCAAGCCCUCGCCGCCACGUUGCACGCGUCCCCCAAAGACGUCGUUUUGCUGCCCAACGCUACUUCGGGUCUCAAUGCGGUAAUUCAGUCGAUGGCAGCGACCAUGCAGCCAGGCGACUCGAUCUACAGCUUGGACGUGGCGUACGGUGCUGUCAAGAAGCUUCUGCAUCAAGUGUGCGCCGAGCGAAAGCUCGUCCAGUCAUCCCACGCCUUGAGCUUUGGCGACGCCCACGACGACGACGCGAUCGUCGCACGUAUCGCCGAGACGCUGCCGACGUCCGGCUGCCGGCUCGUCGUUAUGGACCACAUAACGUCCAACACGGCGACCGUACUGCCGGUUCAGCGCAUCACGGAGCUCUGUCACGCGCGUGGCAUCCCCGUGCUCAUUGACGGUGCCCACGGCCUCUUGAACCUCCCGCUCGACUUGAGUGCCAUUGGCGCCGACUUCUAUGUCGGCAACUGCCACAAAUGGCUCAGCGCGCCCAAAGGCGCUGCCUUUCUGCACGUCGCGCCGCACUACCAGUCCAUCGUGCGGCCCCAAGUGCAGUCGCAUGGCAUGGACGACGGCUUCCAAAGCACGUUUCUAUGGACGGGCCUCCAGGACUACGCGUCGCUCCUCGCUCUUCCCGCCUGUCUCUCGUUCUGGGAGGCGCACAACCUCGACGCUGUCCGCGCCUACAUGCAUGCGACAGUCGCUGACGCGGCAUCGGAGCUCACGCGGCACUGGCAGCUCCCACCGGCGACCAAUGUCCCGUCCCACAAGCAGUGCAGUAUGCGCCUCGUGGCGCUGCCGCCGCGCGUCUUUGGCACGUCGUCGACGCCGACGUCGGUCGACGCCAAGCUCGUGCAAGACUCGCUGCACUUUCUACAUGCAAUCGAAGUGCCCGUCAAGUGCAUCGAAGGACAGCUGUACGUUCGGCUGUCGGGCCACGUAUACAACACCCCGAGCGACUACGCCCGGCUCGCAGACGUGGUGCGAUCCGCCUCGGAGAACGUGUAGAGUGCCCAUGUGAAAGACCAUAUUUGGUCUUUCGAAAUAUACGAAACUGUGGUAUCUAUGCCUGCUUCUCA